CUCACCACAGGUACCAUGGCGCCGGCGGCCCCACUGCCCCCUCCCCUCGUUAUCACAGCGCGAGCUAACACCCGCCCGGCCGCAGCAGCGGCAGUGUCAGUGGCAUCCAUACUCUUGCAGAGGAGGCAAGGCAGAACAAGCAGCGCGGCGAUGGCGUCCACCUCCUGCUUCCUCCACCAGUCCACCGCCCGCCUCGCCGCCGCCGCCUCCUCGCCCCGCGCCGCGCCCGCGCGCGCCCAGCUGCUCGUCUGCAAGGCCCAGAAGCAGGACGACGACGCCGCGGUCACCCGGCGCGCCGCGCUCACGCUCCUCGCCGGCGUCGCCGCCGCCGGGGCCAAGGUGUCCCCCGCCGCCGCCGCCUACGGAGAAUCAGCCAACGUGUUCGGGAAGCCCAAGACGAACACGGAGUACAUCGCGUACAGCGGGGACGGCUUCAAGCUGCUCAUCCCGUCCAAGUGGAACCCCAGCCGGGAGCGCGAGUACCCCGGCCAGGUGCUCCGCUACGAGGACAACUUCGACGCCAACAGCAACGUCUCCGUCAUGAUCCAGCCCACCGCCAAGAAGACCAUCACCGAGUUCGGCUCCCCCGAGGAGUUCCUCUCGCAGGUGGACUACUUGCUUGGCCGGCAGGCCUACGCCGGCAAGACCGACUCAGAGGGCGGGUUCGAGGCCGACGCGGUGGCGACGGCCAACAUCCUGGAGAGCUCCGCGCCGGUGGUCGGCGGGAAGCAGUACUACAGCGUCACGGUGCUGACGAGGACGGCGGACGGCGACGAGGGGGGCAAGCACCAGCUCAUCACGGCCACCGUCGCGGACGGCAAGCUCUACAUCUGCAAGGCGCAGGCCGGCGACAAGCGGUGGUUCAAGGGGGCCAAGAAGGGCGUCGAGAAGGCGGCCACCUCCUUCAGCGUCGCAUGAUGGAUGAAUCGCAUCGCAUCGCAUCGAGAAAUUUGAUUGAUUCAGGGAUGCACCGUGUGUGCACGCACGUAGAGAGGGCAGAUGCAUGUGUACGUGUUUCUUUGACGAUUGUACAUGAGAACAGAUGGAAGACUAAUCAAGGAGAGAGGUCCAUUUCCCUGCAAGGAUUUCUAUCUGUCAUCCAUGUGUUUAAGGAAUCUUAAUUACUACUACUAAUGCUUCAUUUUUGUA